AUGUCGAGCCACUCCCUGCAGCCGAGCGAGACAAAGCAGUCCGACAACGUUGACUGGAGUGCAAGAGCUGCCACAUUGAAGCAGCAGCUGAUGGAACGCCGACAGCAAGCUGCAAGUGCUCAAUCCCAAAACAUGAACUUCUCGCAGCGCGGGUCCUCCGGCCAAUUCCAACAGCGAAAGAAGCCAGUUUCAGGUGGCGUUGAGCCUGUUCAGCCUACUACUACUGCUCAAGGACAAACCUUCCUAAGCUUGUCGAACGGGUUCCCCGACGUUCUGGACGCGCACAAGGAAGCUUCACGAUCUAAGAAACUGCCCAAAAUGGCUGAAAGUGAUGAAUCGGGCACCCAUGACAGCAUACAGAGGUCUCAGGCCGUCACCCAGAAACUGAUGGAAGGGCUGUCUCCUCGGGGUCCUUCCACGCUCAUGGUUCAGGAAAAGGGAGACAAAAUGGCAGCCGUCAAUGAAACUGAGCUCAUCAGCAACAGGCCCUCACGUGCAAACGACCACACGGGCGCAAAGGUCCAAGAAAAGCUCGCAGAUGGUGACAACUCCAAGAUCCAGCCAAGGGAUGGCUACACUGCCGAGGACACAAAUGCAUCGCGUAGCGAGACCAGAACCGCACUGGCUCCAAAAGAGAAAUCCAACAUGCGUUCGACUACCGAAGAUGGCGAGAUCACCAGGAAGCACUCGCCGGCCUUGCACAAGAUCCCCGUCCGGGAGUCAACGACCCAGCCUGCCACGCGCAAGAAGACUCCUCCCACGCGUGCCUCGACAGUCACCAGCAUCGUGCCAACCGAACCACGUGCCGAGCGGCAUGUAUCCAGGUCGGUCGAUCCCACAUCUGUUUCGAAGCAGAGGGAAUUCCGAGGUGAUACCGCCGCUGGUCACUCAUCCGCGCCUCGAUCUGACAACAAGCACGGACAUGGCCGUCGCUCAUUGCCAGACCGCCCUCGGGUGAACAUGCCAGAGCACGACAACACCAUGACCUGGGAAGCGUACAAGGCGGCGCCCGCUCGCCACAUAUACGCUCAGCCCAACCGGGAGCCACGGCCUCAUUCAGUCUCCCCCGCGGCGGCGCGGCCGGCCCGCGACGACAGCGACUGGGAGGUGGAGAGGUUCGCCUUCGAGCACCCUGAUCUCCGCGACUGGCUUUACUAUACCGGCUGGAACAGCUCCACCUUCCGCAGGCACGAGCUGUCCCGCCUCCGCCGCAUGGAGGAGAUCGAGUGCGAGAGAUACGAGCUGAUGCAAGAGCGCGAGCGCGAGACGGCCGAGCUGAACGGCGCGGGGGAGCCUGCCAGCAAGGCGAGGCGCCUGAUCGACACUGGACCGCUCCCCCUUUCGCUGGAUCCUGCGCCGCCCCGGCGUGCUGAGGAUGUUCAACCGGCUGAGUAUAGGAUGCUCGGCCGCUACACGGUCACUGCCGGCAUCAAGAGAGAGCGAGGCGAGCAGAGCGAUGGUGAUCGAGACUAUGGUUCCUCCGCCAAGUUCUACCGCACCGACCAUAACUACCGUGGAUCUCGCGCUGGCUAUCACGGCUCCUACGAUCGCGGACGAGAUGAGCCAAGAUACUGGCACGAUCAAGAAGCCCGCCCACGAAGUGAGAAGAAUCCUCCCCAUGGAUUGGCGGAGAGCUCGCCCCCACGAACUCUGCUUCCGCAGCGAUACUCGCGUUAUCGCUACUCCAGCCCGAUCGGCCAUCCGUUGCCCCGCGACGAGCUCGACGCCGAGCGAGCGGCAAACCGACACGUCACGCGCGACAGGCAGCGUUCACAUCGCCGCUCGGAGAGAUCUAUGAGCCCUCAGCCCCGUGGCCGCGGUUUCAAGGCCCCCCGCUCCCACAAGCCUGAGUAUGGACGUCUUUGA